GGCGGGAGGUGAGGGACACUUGGGGACACGUCCCCCUGUCGCCCUGCCCGGGUGGUUGCAGGGCUUGGGUGCCAUCCUCAAGAACCCCAGCUGCCUUCCCCACCACCAUGGAGCACUUCCUGGCCACUCCGAGCGAGCUGGUGCUGCAGCGGGGCCAGGCCCAGCUGCUGCUGGGGAAGGCAGGCGGACACUCCCGGCGGAAGAGGGAAUUCAUGCCUGAUGACAAGAAGGACACCAUGUACUGGGAGAAGAGGCGCAAGAACAACGAGGCCGCCAAGCGCUCGCGGGAGAAGAGGCGCCUCAACGACGUGGCCAUGGAGAGCCAGCUGGCAGCGCUGAGCCGUGAGAACGCCGUGCUCAGGACCGAGCUGCUCUCCCUCAAGCUGCACUUCGGGCUCCUCAGCCCCGUGCCCAGCCCCUACCAGGGCCGCCCCCUCGGGCUCUACCUCAGGGGCCACCGGGCAGCCUCACCCCUGCUGGGUGUGGAGCCCUUUGCUGGUGACUCCUGCUGCCCUGCCCAGAAGAGUUUUGUGCCCAAGGUGCUGGAACCGACUGAGUUUCCUUGCAAAACCUUCAACCCCUCCACAAACAUCCUGGGCUGCGACUCCAAACCCAUUGCCAUGGACAAACGUGGCCUCCAGCAACCCAAAAAGUUUGAGGAAUCCUUCAGCUCCAAAAGGUUUGAAGAAUCCUUCAGCCCCAAAAGAUUUGAGGAAUCCUUCAGCUCCAAAAGGUUUGAGGAAUCGUUCAGCUCCAAAAGGUUUGAGGAAUCCUUCAGCUCCAAAAGGUUUGAGGAAUCCUUCAGCCCCAAAAGGUUUGAUGCACCCUUCAGCCCCACAGCUUGCUCUCCAUUCCUCAGCUACCCCUGCCCAGACAAACACCCCUUCCCCUGCCCUUGGCUGGGCAGUGCCUGCUUCUUGUGCCCAUCGCCCGGCAUGGCCGAGGCCAGGAAGGAGAGCAGCACCGUGGUGUCAGAUGAAGAUGACGAGCAACAAGAGGCUGAGGUGGAGCUGUGCUGA